GCGCGGUGCCCGGCCAUGCCGAAGGGAGCGCGGCCGGCGGGGGCCAAGCAGGAGGAAUGGAAGGGGGGGGAGGAGGAAGAGCAACCGCUCAAGAAGGGCAAGAAGGACCGGAAAGGCAAAAAAUCCUUCUUCGAGGAAUUGGCCGAGGAGGAGAAGGCGGCGCUGGCCCCGCCCCCUCCCGCCCCCGAGAAGGAGGGGCCGGCACCCGCGCAGGGCUCGCGGCGGAAGCGGGACCGGCGGAAGGAGGCGCGGCGGUCGCGGGGGGCGGAGCCUGAGCCCGAGGAGGCGGAGCUAAGCCGGCGGCUCCAGGGGAAAUGCCCCAGCGAUGAGGAUGAGGCCGAAGGCUCCGAGGAGGCUCCGGGCAGGAAGAACAAGUUCGGGGCCCUGAGGGACGAGGAUGAGGAAGAGGAGGAGGAAGGAGCCCGGAAGGGGAGCGAGAACGAGGAGGGGGCGGGGCCGAGGGCGGGGCCGGACGCCCGAGUCAGCAAAAAGGAGAAGAAGAAAAUGAAGAAGCAGGCGGAGUUUGAGCGGCAGGUGGCGUCGCUGCGGGCGGCGGCCAUGACGGGCGAGGGCGACUUCGCCGUGUCGCAGGCCGAGCUGUCGUCGCGCCAGGCCAUGCUGGAGAACGCCUCCGACAUCAAGCUGGAGAAGUUCAGCAUCUCGGCGCACGGCAAGGAUCUCUACGUCAACGCCGACCUGUUCAUCGUGGCCGGGCGCCGCUACGGCCUCGUGGGGCCCAACGGGAAGGGGAAGACGACGCUGCUGAAGCACAUCGCCAACCGAGCCCUGAGCAUCCCCCCCAACAUCGACGUGCUGCUCUGCGAGCAAGAGGUGUUGGCCGAUGACACACCUGCGGUGCAGGCCGUGCUCCGCGCCGACACGAAGCGCCUGCGGCUCCUGGACGAGGAGCGGCGCCUGCAGGGGCUGCUGGAGAGCGGCGACAACGCGGCCGCCGAGAGGCUGGAGAAGGUGUACGAGGAGCUGCGCGCCAUCGGCGCCGCCGCCGCCGAGGCCAAGGCGCGGCGCAUCCUGGCCGGGCUCGGCUUCACGCCCGAGAUGCAGAACAGAGCGACCCGCAAGUUCUCGGGGGGCUGGAGGAUGAGGGUCAGCCUGGCCAGGGCUCUGUUCCUGGAGCCGACGCUGCUGAUGCUGGACGAGCCCACGAACCACCUGGACCUGAACGCCGUCAUCUGGCUCAACAAUUACCUGCAGAGCUGGAAGAAGACGCUGCUGGUGGUGUCCCACGACCAGGGGUUCCUGGACGACGUCUGCACCGACAUCAUCCACCUGGACAGCCAGAAACUGCACUACUACAGGGGCAACUACAUGACUUUUAAGAAGAUGUACCAGCAGAAGCAGAAGGAGCUGCUGAAACAGUUUGAGAAACAGGAGAAGAAACUGAGGGACCUCAAAGCCGGGGGAAAAUCAACCAAGCAGGCGGAGAAGCAGACCAAGGAGGCGCUGACCCGCAAGCAGCAGAAGUGCCGCCGCCGGCGGCUGAGGACGCGGCCGCAGGCGCCGAGCUGCCGCGGCGCGCGGGAAUAUUGCGUGCGCUUCACGUUCCCCAACCCGCCCCCCCUGAGCCCCCCCGUGCUCGGCCUGCACGGAGUGGAUUUUGGCUACGAGGGGCAGGAGCUGCUGUUCAAGAACCUGGACUUUGGCAUCGACAUGGAAUCCCGAGUUUGCAUCGUGGGCCCCAACGGGGUGGGGAAGAGCACCCUGCUGCAGCUGCUCACCGGCGCCCUGACACCGAAGGUGGGGUUCUUCAACCAGCAGGCGGCCGAGCAGCUGCGCCUGGAGGAGACGGCGGCCGAGUUCCUGCAGCGCAGCUUCAACCUCCCGCACCAGGAGGCGCGGCGCUGCCUCGGCCGCUUCGGCCUCGAGGGCCACGCCCACACGCUGCAGAUCGCCAAGCUCUCGGGCGGGCAGAAGGCCCGGGUGGUGUUUGCUGAACUCUCCUGCCGGGAACCCGACGUGCUGAUCCUGGACGAGCCCACCAACAACCUGGACAUCGAAUCCAUCGACGCCUUGGCCGACGCCAUCAACGAGUACAAAGGAGCGGUGAUCGUGGUCAGCCACGACGCCCGGCUGAUCACCGAGACCAACUGCCAGCUGUGGGUGGUGGAGGAGCAGGGCCUGAGCCAGAUCGACGGCGACUUCGACGACUACAAACGCGAGGUGCUGGAGGCGCUGGGCGAGGUGGUGGUGCACCGGCCGCGGGAGUGACCGCCACGGUGACCGCAGUGACCACAAGAGUGACCGCAGUGACCACAGUGACCGUCAGAGUGGCUGCAGUUACCUGCAGUGGCCAGCAGGGGGCAAAAGAAGGAAUAAACGGUGGUGGAGCAAUUUGGUGUGGGCGUGGUCCAUGUGGGUGUG